AGGCGUCGGAGGUGGUUGGGGUUGGGUGGGAGGAGAUCCGCUCUCACACACGAGGAGGGUUGAGCUACCCUCGCCGUCGUCGCGAUUGCGGAGAGGAGCCUGGAGCUGCCGCCGCGACGACGCCGGGGAUUGUGUCGCUAGCCCCUGGCCCUUCUGCCUCGCCGCUUCCCGGGGUCAGUGCGGCCUGCUCCUUCCCGGCCGGUCGCCCCCGCCUCCAUUUCCCGCCCUCUCUUCACCACACACACGGCCCCCCCGAUCAUGGAUCCGGGCAGUGGUGGCGGCGGCAGCGGCGGCGGGAGCAGCAGCGGCAGCAGCAGCAGCGACUCGGCGCCCGACUGCUGGGACCAGGCGGACAUGGAAGCCCCUGGGCCGGGGCCGUGCGGCGGCGCCGGCAGCGGCGGCGGCCCUUUGGCGGCGGCGGCGGCCGAGGCCCAGCGUGAACACCUCAGUGCGGCCUUCAGCCGGCAACUCAACGUCAACGCUAAACCCUUCGUGCCCAACGUCCACGCCGCUGAGUUCGUGCCGUCCUUCCUGCGGGGCCCGGCCCAGCCGCCGCCACCCCCAGCUGGCGCCGCCGCCAACAACCACGGAGCCGGCAACGGCGCGGGAGGCCCUUCGGCACCUGUGGAACCUUCUCAAGAGGAACAGUCAUUGUUGUGUGAAGGUUCAAAUUCAGCUGUUAGCAUGGAACUUUCAGAACCUGUUGUAGAAAAUGGAGAGACAGAAAUGUCCCCAGAAGAAUCAUGGGAGCACAAAGAAGAAAUAAGUGAAGCAGAGUCAGGGGGUGGUUCCUUGGGAGAUGGAAGGCCUCCAGAAGAAAAUGCCCAAGAAAUGAUGGAGGAGGAAGAGGAAAUACCCAAACCUAAAUCUGUGGUUGCACCGCCAGGUGCUCCUAAAAAAGAACAUGUAAAUGUAGUAUUCAUUGGGCAUGUAGAUGCUGGCAAGUCAACCAUCGGAGGGCAGAUCAUGUAUUUGACUGGAAUGGUUGACAAAAGGACACUUGAGAAAUAUGAAAGAGAAGCUAAAGAAAAGAACAGAGAAACUUGGUACUUGUCAUGGGCCUUAGAUACAAAUCAGGAAGAACGAGACAAGGGUAAAACAGUAGAAGUGGGUCGUGCCUACUUCGAAACAGAAAAAAAGCAUUUCACAAUUCUAGAUGCCCCUGGCCACAAGAGUUUUGUCCCAAAUAUGAUUGGUGGUGCGUCUCAAGCUGAUCUGGCUGUACUGGUAAUCUCUGCAAGGAAAGGAGAGUUUGAAACUGGAUUUGAAAAAGGAGGACAGACAAGAGAACAUGCAAUGUUGGCAAAGACUGCAGGUGUCAAACACUUAAUUGUGCUUAUUAAUAAGAUGGAUGACCCAACAGUGAAUUGGAGCAACGAGAGAUACGAAGAAUGUAAAGAGAAACUAGUGCCAUUUUUGAAAAAAGUUGGCUUCAAUCCCAAAAAGGACAUCCACUUUAUGCCCUGCUCGGGACUGACUGGAGCGAAUCUUAAAGAGCAGUCAGAUUUCUGUCCUUGGUACAUUGGAUUACCAUUUAUUCCAUAUCUGGAUAAUUUGCCAAACUUCAAUAGAUCAGUUGAUGGACCAAUCAGGCUGCCGAUUGUGGAUAAGUACAAGGAUAUGGGCACGGUGGUCCUGGGAAAGCUGGAAUCGGGGUCUAUUUGUAAAGGCCAGCAGCUUGUGAUGAUGCCAAACAAGCACAACGUGGAAGUUCUUGGAAUCCUUUCUGAUGAUGUAGAAACUGAUUCUGUAGCCCCAGGUGAAAACCUCAAGAUCAGACUGAAAGGAAUUGAAGAAGAGGAGAUUCUUCCAGGAUUCAUACUUUGCGAUCCUAAUAAUCUUUGUCAUUCUGGACGCACAUUUGAUGCCCAGAUAGUGAUUAUAGAGCACAAAUCCAUCAUCUGCCCAGGUUAUAAUGCAGUGCUGCAUAUUCAUACCUGCAUUGAGGAAGUCGAAAUAACAGCCUUAAUUUGCUUGGUAGACAAGAAAUCAGGAGAAAAAAGUAAGACUCGACCCCGUUUUGUGAAACAAGAUCAAGUAUGCAUUGCUCGCUUAAGGACAGCAGGAACCAUCUGCCUUGAGACCUUUAAAGACUUCCCUCAGAUGGGUCGAUUUACCUUAAGAGAUGAGGGUAAGACCAUUGCAAUUGGAAAAGUUCUGAAAUUGGUUCCAGAGAAAGACUAAGCAUUUUCUUGAUGACCCUGCACAAUACUGUGAGGAAAAUUGACUACAAAAGCCUACUUCACACCGCCUUCUCUUAUUUUCUGCCCAUUGACAAACCUCUCCCCAUAUUUUGCAAAGACAACAUUCACAGCAAAAGUCCACAUGUCGUCAGCUUUCUCAUAUUGAGAGCUCUGCUAUGCCACUAUUGAAUUUUUCCCACGAUUUUUUUCUUCCCCUCUCAAACUGCUUCCUUGGACAGACUUGGCAAUAGCUUUGUAAGUGAUGUGGACAUAAUUGCCUACAAUAAUUAAAACUUACAGAAAUUUUUAAUUUUUCAUUUUCCCCUUAGGCAUAGUCUUUUUCGCCCCAGGCAGAUCAUUCUGAGUGUGCGAGUGUGUGUGCACGUUACAAAGACAAUUACCAUGUUAAUAAAAUAUUCAAUUUGAAACCCUUUUCGGUAUUUGAAUUGCUUUUGAAUAAUGUUUUCUAUCUGGAUGUAAUUGUUGCAUUAGCUUUUUAACUUUACCAAGUAAUUGAAUACAUUUUAUUACUUGGACUUUUCUAAACUCUUUCCCUAUUCACUACUUUAAAUGAGGCAUUUACAAACAACAUUCAAGUUUGUAUUAAAGGAAAGAAUUAGUUUGACCCCUUCAUUUGAUGGUAAUGCAUACAUACAAUCAAAUACCUUUAUGUAACUGUGACACUGCUUUAUUAGGUCUGUCAGUUAUUUUCUGCCAAUAUAUAUUUUGACAUGAUUUCUUAAUUACAGUAAGUUGUUUUUAAAGAACAGCAUACUGUAGUUUUUGUACAUAAAGCAUAAUGAAAUUGUACCCCUACAGAAAAUUCCAUUAAUUUGUUAAAUGAGUGGAAUUAACAAUAAAGAAAGCAUGUUGAGACCUGGCAAAAAUGCCUCCUUCAGAAUUUAUAAGAGCUGCAUGCAUCUAGUAUGAAAACUGUAUCAACUGCAAGUGCCAGUUCUACAGAUUACUCAGUUUACUACUUGUAUCACUGAUUUUAAAGGUUGGAUUCCUUGCUGGUUAAAGUUAAAUCUCAUCCAGCCACUAAAUGAAUUUAGAGCCAUCAGAAUCUGCACAAAUUAAAGUUAACAGUGAUAAGUAGACUCAAGCACAGUGUACGUUUUUCUCAACUAUUUGAAAUUGACUGUUUUCUUAAAAAGCUGAAAUUUGUUAAACUGAUUUGGAUGAACCACAAUGCAGCAUUAUGGUGAUUUUUAGAUUAAAGGAUAACUUUGAAAUUUUUAAUGACAAUAAAUGGGAAAUGGAAGAGGCAAUUUCUGGGUUUAUUGAAAGCCUCUCUUGAUUUUGAUUUUGAGGGUUGCCAUUUAUCAAAGACUUGGCUUUUAGAUUGUGAUUUACCUCUAAAUCAGAUACUUUGUAAUUAUAUAUUUAAUGACAUGUCCCUUCCCUGUAAUCUUUCUCCUCAAAAAAGAAAAGCUUAGUCAAACUAUUUCCAGUCACAAAACCUGAAACUUAAUUUAACCCUGUUUUCUUAACUGUAGAAUUCCCAUUCAUUUCAUUCAGAACGAGGCUACGUCUAUGGACAAAAGCAAAGUUACUGUCCUGCAGCUUCCUAUAACUGCACUCAUGGCCAUUAAAUUGCAUGAAAUUUGAAUUUUAUUUUGCAAAUCUCUGGGCUUUUAUUUUUCUGGGAAAUGUGGGAGCUUUAAUCAGUACAUAACUCUUCGUACUUCCAAGUUAAUAACAAAAUAUUAGCAAUUGCUUGGAUUUUAAUGAAUCUUUAAAGCUCAAGUCAUUGAAAUUAUUUCCAAAGAUCGAUUUCCAUUUUUAAAUUCAACAUUUUUAAAAACCAGUUAUGUUUGCUAUGAAAAUAUUUACACUUUUAGAAUAUUAUGUGCAUGUUGCCAACACAGUAAAAGGGCAUGGAUAUCAACUGUGAAGGGCCUUCCUCUAAAAAAUAAAUGGUAAACAUAAAUGCAAUUGUGAAAGAAAACUUUCAUUGAUUCUUGCACAUUUGUGCAAAUAAUUAGAUUAUUUAAAAGAAACCUCACUGUUAAAUUAACCAACCCCAUAUGCUUUAUGGGCUUUGAAGUUUUUUGGAGAAGUAUUCUCACAUAAAAUUGCUGCGUUUUAAACUAAUUACACUGGCUUUUUACUUGGGUGAGGAAAUAAAUCUCUGAAAUGAACUGGCAGUGUAUGGAGAUGCUGGACCUUUAAAAAGCAAUACAGAUUCCUAUGCUGUCAUUUUUGUCUUCUGCAAGUACAAGUGUGUUUAUGUAGCUGACAAUGCGAAAACAGGGUAAUUGGCUACAGAUUUAGGAUAUUACAGACCUAAAGAUUUUUCUCUCUAUCUUUAGCACAGAUAUGUUAGAAUCACAAUUUUCUUUGCAUCUUUUUACUUUAAUGAUGUUCUUUAUACAACUUUCAUGCUUGGUUAUUUAUAGGUUUUUUAAUUCAUGAACGAAUUUAAGAUCAUUGAAAUAAACGUCUAGGUAAUUGCCAUUUUAAACCCUUAUUUAAAGGGGAGGGAAAUAUAGUACCUACUCCUUGUUUUUAUUUGCAAAAAGGACUUACUGGGAAACUGGAUAAAAUCAAACCAGAAGAAUUGGACUGAGCAUGUACUGCCAUGAACUUACAUAAUAGUAAAGUUCUUGAAUAAUUAAGCCCAUGUAUAUUUCUUUGUUUUAAAUUGAAAGUCUUGAAAUAUGUGAUAGUUGAAUGUAAAAACUUUGUAAAUUGUAAGAGUACAGGUUGUUCACUUGUAACAAGGUAAUUCAUGCUUGUCUGCUAGUUACAUAAAUUUAAGAAAUGAUUUACAAUAUGGGAUGGACUUUGAACAUGAUGCCAUUGAACAGUUACCAGCAUCCUCUCAGCUGAAAUGCUGCAGAUAUUUUGGGUCAUACUUUCAACCAGGUGCAGAUUUGCAACCCAAGAAAAAGGUGAACCUAUCUCCAGUCAAAAACUGCUUCCAUUGAUGAACUUUUGAAAAAAAUCAUCUAAGUCUCUGGCAAUCUUCAGGAACACUAGUUAUGACUAAUUGCUCCGUGAUCUUUGAUGACUCUUCCACAUGACAGUACUCGAGCACCUUUCCUCACUGGCAUGGACCUCAUGGAUUGCUGCUUCACAGAUGACUGCUUCAUUGCUUUGGGUCGGGAUUUAAGGUAGUCAGGGACAAAUACAGUUUUACUACAGCUCUUAAUUAACAUCAGGCAACUUUCAACCUUUAAACCCUUUGUGAAAAUUCUGGUUCCAGCACUAUAGCUCUGAUUGUAGGUUAAGUGUUAUAUUCAGUGUUGGCCUACCUUAUCAGAAUAAACUGUGCCAUUAAUCCUCUCACAGACAUGUAAGGUAGAUGGCAAUAGGAUUUAGGGGACGAUUUUCUGUCUCCAAAUCAUAUGGCUUUUAUUACCUCCAGCAAAUUUCAUAGCGAUUCUAGCAGAUGCCAUCUAAUAUUCAUGAUCUUGUUAAAUAAAUGUAAUUACAUAGCACAACUCAAGACUAGAUUUAAAUUUAGCAAUCAGUCGGUUAUAUUAGAUUUCAUAGGAAUAGGAAAUGUUUUUACUUUGCUGUAGUUCAGUGGAUUCCACUUGAACCAAUUUACUUCCAGAAUUCAGAUAGGGUAGAUUUGGUUCAUGAAGCUUGUAAUGGUUUUGGCUCUAGGAUAUUUUUGAUUUGCAAUAUCCUAGAACUUAUUAAGUCUCCCCUUCAGUAAAUACACUUUCCAAACCCGUAAUCCUUUGCUUCCUUCAAACAGUAAUAUGCUAGCCAAGUUGUUUAUUAAGGAAUGUUAUAAGGGCCCUGGAGGUGCAGGAAUGGAGAUUAAAACCUUUAUGUUCUCCAAUAUAAGGAAAAAGCAGAUAGGCACCAUGUCUGACUAGGCAGAAACUUACACAGGAUUUCUUAAGCAACCCUUGGAAUAAUUGUCUUUUCUGUCUGUCACACGUGCCACUGCCAUUUACAAUUGAACGUGGAAACCUCAGGUUUGUGGGCAGCAAAGGUGAAAUGACAUUUUGUGCUUCCUGAGGUUCCCCCUCAGCCAGGCACAUGAGCUUAAUGCUUCAGAUGUCAGCCUAAGUCCCUGCUACCUCCUUUCCUGCUGCCCGGGAGAGUAUCUGUGCUGGAGCUCCUGCAUUCCUCAGGUGAUCAUCCACAUGAAUUAGGUAAAACUGAGGUCUGCUCCUGGAAGGUCUGCAUUUUAUGGGCUCACAUUGGGCUCUCAGAAAUUGACACACCUUGGUUAGUUUCUCCUUUUUGUUCUAAAGGAAAUGUGGAUCUCUCAGGCCAGGACCUAGUGACUAGUUUUCACUAGACAGAAGGUUAAUACCUAGCUCACACAGGCAGAAUUAAAGGGAACUGAUUAGGUUUGCUGAGGUAUUUUUUAACCUAAUUCCAAAGCAUGGCAGGAUGCGUUAGGUAGGAAUUACGGGAAUCCAAGGGAAAGAAAUCUUUUUCUUAUGAUUUGUAGCUACCUACUGUGCCUGACUUGGUGCCUGUGUGAGGAUUAAGCCCUUGGUCUGAUCUUGGAAUUAUUCAAAUGACUGAAGUUUAAAAAAUAUUUGCUUUUGUAAUAAUAAAAAUUGUCAACUACC